AGCUUGAAGAGUCAAAAAACGGACUCUUGAAGUCAAGAGAGGCCAUCACUAAGUUGGGUGAUGAGAAAUCAUCUCUCCUUGAUAGAAUGAACCUAUUAGAGCGUGCAUUGCAUGAAUCAAAAGAGAGAAAUCCAGAUCUUGAGUCUAGGUUUGCUAAACUUGAAAACUAUCUUGAGGAUUCAAACAAACUCACAAGAAGUUUGUCCCUAGGCACUGAAAAGCUUGAUAAUAUGUUGAGUGUUAGGAGAUAUGCAGGUGACAAGAGAGGUUUAGGAUACACGGGUAAAGUUUCCACUUCAUCAUCUUUUUAA